GUUUGUGGAUCGAAUGGACCUGGCAUAUGCAGCAGCAGAUGUGGUGGUGGCGCGUGCCGGAGCCGUCACUUGCUCUGAGCUGCUCGCCACUGCCACGCCCUGCAUUCUGAUCCCAUCACCGCAUGUGGCAGAGGACCAUCAGACCGUGAAUGCACGAGCCAUGGUGCAAGCAGGGGCGGCUGUGAUGCUGCCUCAGGACCAGCUCUCCCCAGACACUCUCCUCUCUGCUGUCACCGACCUGCUUG